CAUGACUGUGUGAGCAUGAGUUUAGAGAUGGCAGCGAGGGCCUCAGGAACUCCAAGCUGUCAGCUGCCUCAGUUCUCCACUACACACUCACCAAAGCAUUUACAGCCUGGGCUCCAGCUCCAGCUCCAGCCCGCUGUUACCUUAGUCAGAUGAGCGAACUGGGCAGCGGAAAAAAGCAGCGAUGGAUUGGUUGGCUUUAGACUGUGCUGAAAAUGGAGGCAGGGAUGCCAGGGACUGACUCACUGAGGGUCAUUUGAUGCUGUGGCCAAAAAAAGAAAAAAAAAAGACAGUGCCGGUGGUCCUGACUGACCAGCAGGAUGAGUGAGGCAGAGGGCCAGUUCUACAGCGUUCAGGUGGGGGACUCCACCUUCACUGUUCUCAAACGCUACGAGCAGCUCCGCGCAAUCGGCUCCGGGGCCCAGGGCAUCGUCUGCUCUGCUCUAGAUACAGUCCUUGGUUUACCUGUAGCUGUGAAAAAGCUGUGCCGGCCCUUCCAGAACCAGACCCAUGCUAAGCGCGCCUACAGGGAGCUGGUGCUGCUCAAAUGUGUCAACCACAAAAAUAUCAUCCGUCUGAUCAAUGUGUUCACGCCUCAGAAGUCCCUGGAGGAAUUCCAGGAUCUCUAUCUGGUGAUGGAGCUGAUGGAUGCCAGCCUGUGCCAGGUGAUCCACAUGGACCUGGACCACGAGAGGAUGUCCUACCUGCUCUACCAGAUCCUCUGUGGCAUCAGACACUUACACUCGGCUGGCAUUAUCCAUAGGGACCUCAAGCCCAGUAACAUCGUGGUGAAGUCAGAUUGCACUCUGAAGAUCUUGGACUUUGGCCUGGCACGGACGGCCUGCACCAACUUCAUGAUGACCCCCUAUGUGGUGACCAGAUACUACCGUGCCCCAGAAGUCAUUCUGGGCAUGAAGUAUAAGGAGAACGUGGACAUCUGGUCAGUGGGGUGUAUCAUGGGAGAGAUGGUAAAGGGCAGCGUGAUCUUCCAGGGCACUGACCACAUCGACCAGUGGAAUAAGGUGAUUGAGGUUCUGGGCACGCCCAGUCUGGAGUUUAUGAACCGACUGAUGGAGACUGUGAGGAACUAUGUGAUGAACAAGCCGCAGUAUCCUGGUGUGAGCUUUGCUGAGCUUUUCCCCGACUGGGCCUUUCCUUCUGACUCAGAGCACGACAAACUGAAGACAGGUCAAGCACGGGACCUGCUGUCCAAAAUGCUGGUUAUUGAUCCUGAGAGUCGCAUCUCUGUAGAAGAAGCUCUCAACCACCCCUACAUACAUGUGUGGUACGACCAGGGAGAGGCCGACGCGCCUCCUCCCCAGAUUUCAGAUAAGCAGCUGGAGGAGAGAGAGCACACCAUUGAGCAAUGGAAAGAACUCAUAUAUGAAGAGGUGAUUGACUGGGAAGAGAGGAACAAGAAUGGUCUAAUGAAAGAAGAUUACUCGGACGUGGCGUCGGGUUCGGCCUCCCAGUCGUCCUCGGCCAACGACAUCUCGUCCAUGUCCACGGAGCACACCUUGGCCUCGGACACAGACAGCAGCAGCAUCGACACACUGACGGGACCGCUGGACGAGAGUCAGUGAACACAGUCUGUGGCCACAUAUCUGUCUGCCUGCCUCAGUCCCCACCUCCCAUUUUACAAUAUCCAAACAUAAAUCAACCAUCAACCUUCCUUAAUUCUGUUUACUCCCUCCAUUCCCAUUUUUCUUCUUUCCCCUUUAACCUCAACAAAUAGGUCUAUUUUUCUAUUUUCUUUCCUUGUCUGAUCUGGUGGAACUGAUCAUUAUUUUUUGGGGGGGGGGGCUAGCUGGCUAGAGGUCAAAUUUAUCAAUGGUCUUUUUUGGGUCAAAGGUUAUUCUCUCCCUUCCUUGUGGAUACGGUUCAACUUGAUCAAAUAUAUUGAUGUUUGCACCCAUAAUGAUUUUCAGGUUACAAGGAGAAGUUGGAGAGCUUUGUUUUUAAUACCUCUAUUUUAAUAGUUUUAUUCUGUUGUUUUUUUAGCAUAUAUUAAAUUGAGACCAGAGGUUGUCAUCAAAUUAGUGCAGACACGUGCUGAACAUAGACCACAGCUGCUCUCAUGCAUGUUAUGCCAAUAAGAACAAAAGAUUCCCAUAAGUGGAUCACACUACCCGUCCGAUGUCCAUCUGAAGAUCAAAUCCAAAGUUUGAUCAAUCCUUUAGCUAACUCGCAGUAUUGCAGACCUCCACAGUGGCGUUUCUUUUUUUUACAUUGAUUGGCUUGAGUGAUGUGGAUUUUGUGCUUUUACUCUUGUCAACUAGGGGGAAGUUGUGGUUGCAGUGAUACCGUUUUUAAUUUCCUGAUAUAAUGUACUGUAUGUAAAGACAUCAAGCUCUGACACUCAUAGUGACCGUAGACCCUUUCGUUACAAAUGCAGUAGACACGGUGCGCUUGUUUUGUUAAGAAAUUCAAAAUAUCUGUUGAAAUGUAUAUUGCCAUCAUCCCGGUAUGACAUUAGGUAAUGACUAUCAAUCUGUAUAUCAAAAAUCUGUUGUAGGCCUGUUCAUUUGGGAGAAGCAAAAAGUCACUCAUAGUAUUUAUUUUUGUGUUCUAGCAAAAUGUUGCACACGAUCACAUUGAGGCCCAUGGAAAUUAAGCCUCUUGUCAAAACAUUUCAUUGACAGAUAAAUGCAUGGGCCGCACCUUUUCUAAACCAUUCCAUCAGUACCGGGACAGUAACAAAAUGAGUCAUGAAUCAGACAUCUUGUAGCACGCAGUAAGUCAAACACAAAUAAGGCUGUUUCACUUGCAUGAAGGCAGUUGCCGUGCCGAUGAGAUGCUGUAGUUCUGGUUUAAAUAGACAAAUCCUUUCAGGUCAGUUUUACUUUCACUUACAGUACCUUGAUGUUCUUGGUUCUGAAAUCCUAUUCGAGAGUUGUUUUAUGUUUUUGGUUUUGGUUUGUAAGCCUCUGUGUGUGUAUGCUUUACCAAAUGUACAGCGCAGCUCUCUCCUUCUUUAUAUCCCACGCAGUAAAAGCAAUGUCUAUGGAGGAAGUUGGCCCAGAAACAAAAAGCAGACACGUUGUGGUGUAAAAUGAGGAUGUGACUGUAGAGUCCUGAAUCCUAAUCUGGACCUUGCAACUCAACAUUGAAACCUUAAAGAUGAACCUUGGAAAUGGACUGUGGAGCUGCUUAUUUUUGCAGAACUGAUUGCACAUUGUGAUGGACAUGCAGAAAUAUGACGCCGUGGAGCCACUGAGGACUUGUGCUCUGAGAUUUCCUUUCAAAGACCAUGAUCAUAUUCUUUCAGUCAUGCCUUAAAUGACCCGAGGAGUGGCCAAUUCACUCCCCAACAUCUUAUCAAACAAGGACUGAGCUAUUGAGCGAUCAGAGAGUCUUGUGUGUUUACCACGAUUUCAAAGAACAUCUCACAUUUGGUUCAGUUUGUUUCUCCUUUUAUUUUCAGAGAUGUCCUGUGUGAUUGCAAUGACCAUGAUGUUAUCAAUUGGCCCUUACACAACUAAUAAAGUGGACAUCAGUGA